UUUGGAGACAUAAACAAGCAGGGAGAGCUCUGAAGCAGUGAAAGAUUUGGACUUACCUUUCUUUUUACAAAUCGUCAUGGAAAUUGACAUAUCAGUGGACAAUGGGAAACACAUGGAAUCCACAUUUGUUGGAGAUAUUAGACAAAACAGCAAUGCCGACGCGGACAUGGACAACAAUAUGAAGGGGUCAGACAUGGAAAGCCUCGGAGAGAUUUUUGAGCAAUGCAUCGAGCAGGUGUCCCGUUUGGAGAUGGAGAGGGAUGUGUUGAUAAAAGAGCUCCAGUUUCUGCAUGAGCCCUUGAUGAGGGUUGUGGAGCACUUGAGAGGAAAGCUUGUAGAGAAGUGGGGGCUGGUCACACUAGCUCAGAUGGAUUACAUGGUUGUGUCACAGGAAGUGCAGCAGGUAAAGAGGAAACUCUUCAUCACUGCAAGAGACUGCAUCCAGAGUCAGGUGACGCUGGCUGAACAAGAGUACCAGGUGGCUCAGGCAGCACUUACAAAGGAGGAGCUCAAGGCCCAUGUCCAAAGCUUGACAGAAGAGUUGUUUCAGCUCCAGGACGCCCAUCAGAACCAGCUCAAUAUUUUGAAGGAUCAUGCCAAAAAGCCCUCCAGACCGAGAGCCAUGAGCGAUGUCAGCCAAUGCCGCCAAGCCUCUGUCCGCCUGCAGCGACGGCUCAGCAUCAACAUGAAGGAGUUGGAGGGCUGGUAUGAGCCUCGACUCGUAUCACUCCUGAAGAGGAGGCAGUUUGGAGAGAAGGCCUUAAGAAUGAGUAAGGAGCAGGCAGUGGGCUUGAGGGCUCAAGUGGGGAGCCUGAAAGAGGAGGCACAAAGACUGGAGGAGAAGAGGUAUUCAAUGGAGCAAAGAAUUAGUCUGAUGGAACUAGAAAGGGAGACGAUGAUUACACAACACAAGGAGCUCGAAGAGGAAUUAAAGGAGACUGUGAAGAAACUGGUCCUGGAGUUUGACAUUCAAAAAAGACAUACAAGAGACUUGCAGGCACUCACAAAUGAUAUUUUAGAAAAGCUGGCACAAAUCAGAGACGAUGAACCAAGUGAAGCUCCUGACAAGGAACAUCCCCAAGAUUCUAGUAGUCAGUCCACUUAAUCUUGACCAGACCAUUGAACUGCUUUACAUAUGAAACGUCAACGUUAUAUUUGCCUUUUAACCUUCUCUGCUGACAUGCUGGGUUAUGAAAACAAGCACACCAAUUUACUGCAAAUAUUUAUUAUGAAUAUACUUAAGUACACAAGAGUUCUGAUGCAGCACAGACAAACCAGAGGAAACACAGAAGGGAACAAAUGUGGACGAAACGCAACACACAAGCUGGAAAUUCUUACUACUUCAUUUGCACAAAUAAAGUGAAAACCUACGUAUGUACAUUGUUUAUAAAAAUGGAUCUCAGUAGAAAUGUGUUGAGCACAACUAACCGAUGCAAGAAAAUAUGUGAA